AUCAAAAACAGGCACUUAGCAGCACAGCUGUCCCCUUUGCUUUCUAGAGAGAGAGAAAGAAGCCAUAUUAGUUUUUUGAUUGCGUCUUUCCAGUGAGAGAAAGAACCCAUAACGCCACGCGAACCUUAACAGAAAUUCAAAGCUUUUUCUCUAAAAAUUGUGUUUUUUUGUGUUGAUUUCUCCUACUAGAUCUUCUGGAAUAAAACCGAUGAUUGCUCAGAAUAUUCCCCUACGAAACAGGGGAACAACGCCUAUACAAACACGAUCCAUGAAGAGAGAGAGGAUAGAGAAACUAAAGGGUGGUGUUUUGAGGGGUAGAUAGGAAGUGGGGUCAAAUGUCUCUCGAGCUCCAAUCCUUCUUCUCUUCUCUAUUUUUGGUUCCACUCUUAGUCGUGUUGCUCGUCCACGGAUGCGAUGGAAGGCCUUUAUACCCACUUCCAAGCCAUUUAAAAGAUACAAAUCGGCGACUCCUUCAAACUUUUAGGCCAUAUAAUGUUGCUCAUCGAGGUUCAAAUGGGGAACUUCCUGAAGAGACAUCCCCUGCAUAUAUGAGAGCUAUUGAAGAGGGUGCUGAUUUUAUAGAAACUGACAUUCUUGCCACUAAAGAUGGGGCACUCAUAUGUUUCCAUGAUGUGUGCCUUAAUGAUGUUACUGAUGUUGCCAAGCACAAGGAGUUUGCCAACCGCAAAAGAACCUAUGAAGUCCAAGGGGAGAAUAUCACUGGAUGGUUCACUGUUGACUUCACACUUGAAGAGCUCAAGACACUGCGACUGAAGCAGAGAUACAAGUUUCGGGAUCAAUCAUACAACGGAAAGUUCCCAAUAAUUACCUUUGAAGAAUUUAUCUCAAUUGCACUAGAUGCUCCACGAGUUGUUGGAAUCUACCCUGAGAUGAAAAACCCAGUUUUCAUCAACCAACAUGUCAAAUGGGCUGAUGGAAAGAAGUAUGAAGACAAAUUUGUAGAACUUCUUCAAAAGUAUGGGUUUAAAGGGGAGUAUUUGUCAGAAGAUUGGAUAAAGCAGCCUAUAUUUAUCCAGUCCUUUGCUCCAACUUCACUUGUAUAUAUAUCAAACCUUACAAACUCACCCAAGAUCUUCCUGAUUGAUGAUGUGACAAUUCCAACUCAAGACACAAACCAGUCUUACUGGGAGAUUACUUCGGAUGAUUACUUCGAUUUCAUCAAAGACUAUGUGGUUGGUAUUGGACCAUGGAAAGAUACAAUUGUACCCCCUGAACACAAUCAUUUGACUACUAUGACUGACCUUGUUGCCAAAGCGCAUGCUCACAACCUACAGGUUCACCCUUACACAUUUCGGGAUGAGCAUGAAUUUUUACACACAGAUUUCCACCAAGAUCCAUAUGCCGAAUACAAUUAUUGGAUAAAUGAGGUUGGAGUCGAUGGCCUCUUCACUGAUUUUACGGGGAGCCUCCACAACUACCAAGAGUGGACCUCCCCUCCUAAAGGUGAUGAAAAAAAUGUUUCAGAUCUGAUAAACAAGAUUGAGGCUCUCAUCGCUUCUUUCAAGAAUGGAUGAAUGGGUGUCCCUGAAUUUAACCAAAAAACCCAAAAAAAGAUUCACCAUAAAAAAGGAAAGGGAUAGGUGAGCUGGGAGAUUGUUUUGGACCUUUCACAUUGAAUUGCUUGAGUUUUUUUUCUUUUGAUCGGUGAAUUUGAAAUUUACAAUAAAAUAUGUACAUCUCUCCCCUGUAGCUUUUAUAUUAUAUGUCAUAUGCAUACCCACCUACCAAAAAGAAAAGCACAACUAUCUUCAAGAAAAGAGUUCAGAUAAGAACAUAUUGUGCUAAAUUUAUUUCUUUUUUUU